AUGGCAGAAUCGGCACCUGUGGGUGCACCUGCAAGCACGCAGCCCACCGCGGAAUCGGAAUCCGAGAAUGACGACCAAGUGAUCGACCAGAAUGAGGCACACACCAGUGCGACUGGGGGCGGAGCCUCGACAAAGAAGAAAAAGUCCAAGAGGAAGAAGAUCGCAAAUGCACUAUCUGGAAAUAAAGCCGAGGAGGGUGAUCCCUCCAAGCCGGCUUCAAAGAUGUCCAACGAGGGGAUCCAGACAUUGCUAGAGAUGAACCCAGCUUUGAAGGGUGAGCUCUCCAAGAUGUCGCCAGCUCAAGCGCAAGAAGCACUCAAGAAGAUGGAUGUGUCUCAGCUAUUGACUGGUCUCUCACUGAACAACAAGAACCAGAAAGACAUGGCAUCAUACAAGUUCUGGCAGACGCAGCCAGUACCCCGCUUCGAUGAAAAGCCAGAACAGUACACUGCGCAGCCUGACGGCCCCAUCAAAGAGGUCAUUCCUGAGCAAGUCCCCAAGCAACCUGCACCAUUACCGGAAGGCUACGAAUGGGUUGAGCUGGACCUCACUAACGAGGAGGAGCUGAAAGAAGUCUACAAUCUUCUGACCUUCCACUAUGUCGAAGACGACAACGCUAUGUUCCGUUUCAACUACUCCAAGCCUUUUCUCGAUUGGGCGCUCAAGUCUCCCGGAUGGAAAAGAGAGUGGCACGUUGGUGUCCGAGCCAAAGGACCAAGUCGUCUGCUCGUUGCCAGCAUAUUCGGCAUUCCUACUAAGCUUCGCGUCCGGCAGAAUGUCAUAGAUGUCGUUGAGAUCAACUUCCUCUGCAUCCACAAGAAAUUGCGCUCUAAGCGAUUGACACCUGUCAUGAUCAAGGAGGUCACACGGCGUGUGCACCUCCAGGGCAUUUAUCAAGCCAUAUACACCGCUGGAGUAAUGCUUCCCACGCCUGUUGGCAGCUGCCGUUACUAUCAUCGCAGUCUUAACUGGCUCAAGCUCUACGAAGUAGGCUUUUCACCACUACCACCUCACUCGACUAAGCAGCGCAUGAUUACCCGCAACGCUCUUCCAGCCACCACAAGCACGAAAGGUUGGCGGCCAAUGAAAGAAGGGGAUAUCGACGCGGUUCAAGAUCUUCUUAGCCGAUAUUUGAAACGCAUGGAUCUUGCCCAGGACUUCACCCGUGAAGAAAUUGAGCAUUGGUUCAUCAACCGAAACACCGAGCCCACGGACCGUGUGGUAUGGGCCUUCGUCGUGGAAGAUGACAACGGAAAGAUCACCGACUUAUCCAGCUUUUACAGCCUGGAAUCUAGUGUGCUAGGCGAUGCAAGCAAGACCCACGACAAGAUUCACGCCGCGUACUGCUUCUACUAUGCCACCGAGAUGGCGUUCACCGAGAAGGAGAAGGGUUUGAAGGACAGACUGCAGGAGUUGAUGACCGAUACGCUUAUUGAGGCGAAAAAUGCAAAAUUCGAUGUCUUCAACGCAUUGACCCUUCAAGAUAACCCCUUCUUCCUGGAGCAGCUGAAGUUUGGCGCUGGCGAUGGACAGCUGCAUUACUAUCUCUACAACUGGCGGACACCCCCGAUCAGCGGAGGCGUCGAUAAGAAGAACCUGCCCGAUGAUACCAAGCGGUGCGGCAUUGGCAUGAUUCUCCUGUGA